AUGGAGGGGACAAGUGGGAAGGAUUACAAGGAUACGAUAGUCUCGGUUUUCCAAAGAUGUGAGGAUGAUAGAAGUAAUCUAACUCCUGAUGUUCUGAAAACUUUAGUAGAUCGACAAGCAGAGAAGCCGGGUGUUCAGGAGCAGGAUAUCUCCUAUUGUGCCCAAACGUUAAAAAUUUACACUGAACUUCUAAAGAUAGAGCUGUUCUUAGAGAAAGCAUGGGAUAUUAAAAUUUUAGGGAAAAGUGUUUUGGUUAAAUUUGAACUUAGUGAAGCAGACAAUGAAUCGAGGGAAAAUAAUGGUAAUGGGUUUUACAAAGACAUCGCACUAAAAUGUAUUAGGAAGUGUGAUAAACUUUCCAUACGGCUUCAAAAUCUACAACGAGAUGCAGCUUCUGUACGUGAUUAUGUGGCUAGUAUGCAAAGUCGGAUUCUCGAGGAUUCUAUCACUUUACUUCUAGAGUUAUGGUUUACUUGCAAAGUAAAACUACGGGCACUUAGGAAUAGAAUUGCAGGUGUAUUUAUAGAUUCCAAACUGUUACUCAUAGAUGUUGAAUUAGAAUCUCUAAAGACCCACUUAUCCACAAAGAAAGACUACGCCAAGGUUAUACCAGCAUACCGAUCGUUUAUGAAAAUAUUGGUGGAACAAUUACAAGAUGCACAAGCUACAGGGGAUCAAACAUUAUUUGACGAAUGUCUGCAAGUGUUUUUGGACGUUGAGGCAAUGUAUAAUUCCAUGAACUUCAGCUGGCUGCUUUCGGAUAACAAAUUAUUGCAAGACUCUUUGACAGAGGCGGACGCCAAAAACCAUGCCGUUGCCGAUCCUUUUGUUAUAGAUUCACUCUCACCUUCAUCUCUGGAGACGGAUAACUCAGAUCCAGAAUUACGUUCAAGAAGUUCAUCUGCUUCGGUACCGAUGUCUACAUCCACUGAUCUCUCACUCAUGUUAGAAAGAACACAAUUAUCAAAGGAAUUACCGUCACUGUUAGCCACUUUUAAUAAUGCUAAAAGAAUGGAACAGGAAAUUGAAAACAUUCGUAUGACCCCCAAUAAUAACCAUAAUAAUCCAAAUAAUGUAACGAGCAUAUACAACAGCAAUACUCCUGGUUUACCUUCUUCGAAUACUUUCAAGGCAAAAUUAAUGAUGAUGAAUCAACAGCAACAUAACCUUUGGAAUCAAUUUUUACCCAACGCCACUACUUUCAGCCCGAAGAAUCACUACGGUAGUGGAAAUCACAUUCUCAGUAGUUUAUAUGGCAUGAAUAACAAUCAGAAUAACAGCACUAAUAGUAACAAUAGGAAUAAGGGUUAG